AUGUUCAUUGCCCGCUCAGAAUACGACCGUGGAAUCAACACCUUCUCUCCGGAGGGGCGUUUGUUCCAGGUCGAAUACUCUCUCGAAGCUAUCAAGCUGGGCUCAACAGCGAUCGGUGUCGCCACCUCCGAAGGUGUCAUCCUAGGUGUCGAGAAGCGUGUCACCUCCAGCCUCCUCGAGGCCUCCUCCGUCGAGAAGAUCGUUGAGAUCGACCAACACAUUGGCUGUGCCAUGUCCGGUCUGCAGGCAGAUGCCCGGUCCCUGGUCGAGCACGCCCGUGUCGAAUGCCAGAACCAUGCCUUCCACUACGCCGAGCCGCUGAGAGUCGAGAGCUGCACCCAGGCCAUCUGUGACCUGGCCCUGCGAUUCGGAGAGACGGGAGAUGACGAGGAGAGCGUCAUGAGUCGGCCUUUCGGUGUCGCCUUGCUGCUUGCUGGUAUUGAUGAGGAUGGUCCGCAACUAUACCACGCGGAGCCGUCCGGAACGUUCUACCGAUAUGAUGCGAAGGCUAUCGGGUCCGGAAGCGAGGGUGCGCAGGCGGAGCUGCAGAAUGAAUACCAUCGUUCCUUGACGCUGGGUGAGGCAGAGACUCUGGUUCUCAAGACGCUGAAGCAGGUCAUGGAGGAGAAGCUGGACGCGAAGAAUGUUCAGCUCGCUAGUGUGACUAAGGAGAAGGGCUUCCGUAUUUACGAUGAUGAGGAGAUGGGUCGGGCUGUUGCGCAGCUGGGCAGCAACCAAUAA